GUUAUGCAUGUGUAUAUAUGUGCUCAACUUCAUUUCAUGUGUAUAUCAUUAUAUCAGAUAAUUAGGGUUUUCUCUUCUUCUUCUUCUUCUUCUUCUUCUAUUUGAUAUUAUCAAUGGGUGGUGAAGACAAAAAGCAAAUGGGUCAAAGUCCAUAUUCUAUGUAUGUUGGGGAUGUGAAAGAUGAAGAUCAUCAGUGGGAGAUCAAUGGAGAUCAAGAAGAUGAUGCAUACAACAAUGGUUCUUCAUCAUCUACAUCUUUAGGAGAUUCAACAGCUUCAAAUGGAUCAUCAGUUUCAUCCUCAGAUAUGGCAGAUGAUGCAUCUUCAUCAUCACCUUCAUGUUCAUCCACAUCAUCUUCCAAUGGACCUUUGUCUGAUUUAUCAGAUCUCAUGACCCAACUACCCAUCAAGAGGGGACUCUCAAAGUUUUAUGAUGGCAAGUCUCAAUCUUUUACAUCUCUAUCAAGGGUGACAAGCAUAGAAGAUCUUCCCAAGAAAGAGAGCCCUUAUAGAAGGAAAAUGAAGGCAUCAAAGAGCUAUGGAGGAGGCUUAGACACCUAUAAAUUGUAUACUCUUCCUAAGCCUAGCAUAUCAAAGAAAUCUUCUAGAAGUUCAUUAUCAUCCUUAUCUUUUGCAAGCAGAAGAGGCAGUUUUGUGAGUUGUUUGAGACCCCCUCUCAUUCCUUCUUCUGCCCAAAAGAACUUGGGAUGUUAGCUCGAAAGUGACAUGUAUGGUGGAAAUUCAAAGUUAGUGUGAUAUGGGUUUUACCCAAAAUGAAUGUAAAUCCAUAGACUGUUGAGAGAAUAAAUUGUUGUAGAUGACCUGCAAAGGAGAGAGGGAGAUAACAAACUAAUUGAUUACACCAAGAUUCUCUCUACUAUUAAUUAAUAUCAUUUUACCUCUUCAUUUAUGAGUCCGUACAUAUUGAUCCUUUUAAUUAUAAAAAAUGAUACAAAUUCACCAUUUUUUUUAAAGAUGGUCUAAAGAUGGUGAAAGUGAUAUUUUUUUUUAUAAUUUAGGGGGUUAAAAUGUACGGGUUCAUAGAUGAAGAGGUAAAAUAAUAUUAAUUAAUAGUUGAUGGAGUCUUGGUGUAAUUAACCCUCCUUGAUUCAGUUCUUAAGAUAGUUUAUGAAUUGCUCCGUUUGUUUGUAAAUUGUAGCCCUAAUUUCGAAUAUAAUUUCACAGUUUUGUUUAGUUUAUGAAAUGCUCAGUUCGUUUGUAAAUUGUAGCCGUAAUUUCGAAUAUAAUUUCACAGUUUUGUUUUGAUC